AUGGACUUCUUAGAGCGCGCUGCUAAAACUUCAAUUCAAAGGCUUGAACAGUUAGAUAGAGAAAUCAACGCUCAACAACAACAACAACAACAACAACAGCAACAACAAAGCAAUCGCGAUGCUCGUGAGGAUUCUGCGAAAAGAGUGCUUCCAGAUGAGCAGCUGUUUUUGAGGACAAAUGAGUUAUUAGAGAUACGAGAGGCGCAAAAGAGGGAUUUAGAACGCAUACUGUCGAAAACAUUAUUAACAAACGAUAGCGCAGUGCGACAAACCGAACGUAUCGAUCGAUUAAAUGUACAAAUAUCUCACGAACGUGCUCUGAGAGCAUCUAUAGAAGCGAGAACAGCAGGAAAUUUUGAUGAUGAUGAAACAAGCACAUCCGGUGACAUCAAUGUGGUCCAAGCGCUCGUUCACGCUCAGAAAGAGCUCUCGAUGGAAACGAGAUUGAGAGAUGAACGUUUAGAGUCCUUACUCGCUGUAGAGCUGAAUCGAGAUGACGCAAAACAGAAGUUAGAAAGGCUGGAUGGACAGAUAAGCAAGGAAAUUGGGACGAUAUCUGGUGCGAACAAUCGUAAUUACGAAGCAGCAAUGCCGAAUCCCACGCAAGAAGAAUUAGAACACGUGCGAGAGAAAGUUCGAACACGAAGACAAACACUGAGUGAACAGACCCGCACGAAUACAAACAGGGUUGGUUCUUCGAUUCAAGAAGUAGAGUUGGAGGCUUCAUUGAACGCAAAAGCAGAUGAACUCAUCCAAGCGCAGAUUGCAAUCGAACGCCACACUAGUGAAAUAGCCACCUUAGCGAUGCGACGCGACGCCGCCGCUUCGACUUAUUCCAAAACAUCGACGUACGACGCUUCGAUCGAUCCAGCUACGAGCGCUCGCAACUUGCUGCAUUUCGAUGAGCAGAGAAAUGUGUUUGAACAUUUUCGAAUGCACAUCGCUAAGUUCAUUGGGCAUCGAAGAGCAGGGAAAUGGUAA